AUGACAAUUAAUGGCAAACUGGAUAUACUAUUCAUACCGUUUGUAGGCAUCGGUCACGUAAACGCCUGCAUCGGUAUUGCAGAAGUGUUGAGCAAUAGUGGACAUAGAGUUACGUUUGCCAUCAGUGAACAGUUUGAGGGUUUGCUACAGAAGUAUGGUUUUCGUGAAUUACUGCUACCAGAAGUCGAGGACAGACCUAAAGAUGUAGAUCCGGGAUUAAUUUUGGCCGAUAUUUUCCUUAAAUUGGGUAAUGUUUUCGCCGAUUUGUCGCCAUUAGAGAAGAUCAGCCAACGAGGAGUGGGUAUGAAUAUGCGUGUCGAGUAUUAUAUCAAAUUAGACAAAACCAUUGAUGGACUGCUAAAGAUGAGCAAACCUGAUGUCAUAAUACUGGAUCAGCUCAUGUCAUUGCCGUCGGUAGAAAUAUCGGGCAUACCGUAUGUCUGGUGUUGGAGUACUAACCCAUUGCUUAUGGUUGACGACGAGAGGACACCGCCUUCUGGAUCAGGUUUGUCAGCUUUCGGUGAUAGCAAUGAUUGGAAAGUUUUUCGUGAAAUAAGAGACAAAACAUUUAGAGACGCCUGGAAUCGAUUCAACGAUUAUGUACUAUCAAAGGGUUGUUUACCAUUAAAACCAUACGCUUUUAGCAACAGAUCCCAGUGUCUAAACAUUUAUGGUUAUCCUAAAGAGUUGGACUAUUUAGAUAUCAGACCACUGCCUAAAAACUAUAUACGAUUUGAUAAUCUUAAACGCGAAGACAUUCAUUCAUCGUUUGAAAUACCGGUACAAUUGAAUGGUCGUCCGGGAAGUCUUAUCUAUUUUUCGUUGGGUUCGAUGGGCGGAGUGGACGUCGAAAAUAUGCAACGAUUAGUGUCCAUAUUAGCUAAAUCACCUAAUAGGUUUAUCAUUUCGAAAGGACCCAAACAUAACGAGUACACAUUGGCUGAAAACAUGUGGGGCCAGAAAUCGGUGCCACAGAUACAGGUGCUGCCAAUGGUAGACCUUGUGAUUACACACGGCGGCAAUAAUACCAUUACCGAGACUUUCUAUUUUGGUAAACCAAUGAUUGUAAUGCCAUUGUUUGGGGAUCAGUACGACAACGCCCAGAGAGUUGAAGAAAUGGGAUUUGGUUUCAGACUCGAUGUCUACAAAUGUACUGAAAAGCAAUUGUUAAGYGCUAUCGAACAGCUUCUGGAGGACAGGGAUCUAAAGGAACUGACCAGAAAUGAUAGCGAAAUAUUUGAUAUGUUAUUMACAAAUAUGACCACAAAUAUGAUGACAAAUAUAACUGGAAAACAUGACGUACCAGCACUGGCAGCAGUGACCGGUUUCUGGAAACAGUUACUAUUGUGUACACUCUAUUUGAUUACAUCUUUGGUUGCCUUUAUUGGCAAUCUUUUAUCAAUACUUGUGCUACUAAUAGGCAAACGGUCGUCACCUGAGCUCAAAAAAUAUCUCAUAUGUCUGUCAGUGUCGGACCUAUUGAUGGCCUUGUUUUGCAUACCGUUUACGUUCACUGACUUUAUGUUAGGUCAUUGGGUUUUGCCGCACGUUUUGUGUCCAUUCGCACAGUUUAUCACAAUAUUUUCGUUGUGCGCUUCGGUAACGACUUUGUCGGCCAUUGCCGUUGAACGAUCCACACUUUCCUAA